AUGGCAUCUCUUUCUGUAGAGGAAGAAAACUUUGUUCGAAUGAGUUUACUUCUAACAGGAAUUUCUCCCCGUGCAGCUAGAACUUUCUUUGAUAGUGAAUUUGCUCCAGCUUGUUUAGGUGCAUCAAUAAAGAAAGAGUUUAACAAGUUGUUUGACUUAAAAAAGAAACACAUAAUCAACCAAUCACAGUGGAACUUGCUGUUUCCUGGACUUCCUGAUGUUCCCGAUUCUAAAACAUUCGAUGUGACUUUGAUGCUACUAUUACUAAGGAACUUGACUCCAAUGACCCAUCCUUCUUGUGGAUUUGACCGUCUACCUUCUCCAACAGAAAUCACACCAGCUGCAGAUUUAGCUAGGAUCAAAGACUACAGGAAUUACCUGGCUCAUCUAAAUGAUGGCAAGCUAGACGCAGGGUUCUUCAAUAAUGCUUGGAAUGAUAUAACUUGUGCCAUAGAUAGAUUAGGUGGGCAGCAAAUGAAACAGGAGUGUGAACAUCUGAAAAAUAAACCACUAGAUCAAACCAACCAAGAAAUAAUGAUGGACAUUAAACGGUCUAAUGAUGAAAUCCAGGAACUAAAAGAAUCAUUGGAAAGUUUGAAGAAAUCACAUACUAAGAUGAUAAAAUCUCAUGAAUUACUUCAAGAACGCCAUGCUGAGGUAAAGAAAUCACAUGAUAUAUUACAAGAUGACCAUAGGAAUGAUACAGACGAAAUGGAAAAAAUUAGGAUUUCUCAAAAGGACCUUGUGCCUUGGAAUAUAAGAGAAAUGAUUAAUGAUACACUAAAAGAUUGGAAGGACAAUGAUGAUAACAUGUUUAUAGAUACAAGAGCUGCCCAGUAUGUACUCAAAUGUAUCAAGGAAAACAGUUGUGUAACUAUUACAGCUAGUUCUGGUGUAGGGAAGACAGCUACACUGAGACAUGUGGCUUUACAAAUGGCUAAAGAAGAAUUUGAUGUCAUUCCAGUUACAAACCCAGCUGACAUUGUGAGGUUUUGCAAUCCUAAAAAGAAAACAUUGUUUGUUGUUGAUGAUUUAUGUGGAAACUUUUCACUCCAUCAGAGUGACAUAAAAAGUUGGGAACCAAUCAUGGAGAAUAUAAAAAAAGCUCUUGAUAAAAAACAAACAAAAAUACUUGCAGCAUGUCGGUUACAAGUGUACCAAGAUGGAAAGUUUGAUUGUUUAUCAGUUUUCAAGUCAUGUGUAUGUAACAUGUUAUCAAGGGACAUUUGCUUGUCAAAAACUGAAAAAGAUUCAAUAGCAAAAUUAUAUCUCAAUGAUAAAGCCUCUGAGAUAAUUGACUUUUCUGAUUUAUAUGACUGUUUUCCACUUUUAUGUAAAUUGUACCCCAAUAGUCCUAAACUUGUUAUUACAGAUUUCUUUCAGAAUCCAUUUUUGAUUUAUGAAACAGAGGUUGAUAAGUUUCUAAAGAAAAGCCAUUACGCUAAAUACUGUGCUUUGGCAUUAUGUGUCAUGUUUAACAACAAGUUGAAGAAAGAAAUGUUUACAGAAGAUGUGAAUGCAGAAACUAGAACAAUUAUUGAGAACACGUGCGAGGCAUGCAGAUUAGACAGGGGAACAUCAAGACUGGUACUAAAGGAUGAACUUGAGGCACUCACACAUACAUUUAUAAAGAAAGAACAAAACAUGUACAAGAUAAUACAUGAUAAAAUAUUUGAUUUUCUUUCAAAGAUAUACGGACAACAGAUGAUAGUUUGCUUGAUAAGAAAUGCAGAUUGUGGUUUAAUAAAGGAAAGAUUUUUAUUAGAAAAACAGGACAACAUGAACCAGUUUAUAACUAUUAUACCUCCAGCUUAUCAUCAGAUGUACAUUCAGAGAAUGAUUGAUGACUGGUCAAAGGGAAAAGUUCAGAAUACAUUUAGUAACAUUAAUAUGAAGAUACCUCAGUUCAGACAGAGAUAUCUCAGAUAUUUGAUUACACUAGACAUACCCAUACAGAGGCAACUAGCAAACAUCUGUGAUGAAAACGACGUUAAGGACAAUUUUUAUGAUAAUGUCUAUGAUACUGCUUUAUUAUAUUGUUGUUACAUGGGAUAUUUUUCUUUGGUCAAGUGGUGUUGUAAUCAUAAUGUGAAUGUAAACAGGUGUACAUGUAAUGGUCAGUCUCCCAUUUUGACUUCUUGUGAAUAUGGUCAUACAGAAAUAGUGAAAAUGUUGAUAGACAGAGGAGCAGACUAUAAUAAAGGUGAUAAGCAUGGUCGUUCCCCUGUAAUGAAGGCCUGUGAACAUGGUUAUAUAGAAAUAGUUGAGAUGUUGAUAGACCGAGGAGCAGACUAUGAUAAAGGUGACUGGAGGGAUCACACACCUGUAAUGAAGGCCUGUGAACUUGGUUAUACAGAAUUAGUUGAGAUGUUGUUAGACAGAGGAGCAGACUAUAAUAAAUGUGACUGGAGGGAUCAAACACCUGUAAUGAAGGCCUGUGAACAUGGGUAUACAGAAAUAGUUAAGAUGCUGUUAGACAGAGGAGUAGACUAUAAUAAAUGUGAUAAACAUGUUCGUUCGCCUGUAAUGAAGGCAUGUGAACAUGGUCAUAUAGAAAUAGUAAAACUGUUGGUAAACAAAGGGGCAGACUGUCUUAAAUUCAGUAAUGAUGGUUGUUCACCCGUAAUGAAGGCUUGUGAACAUGGUCAUACGGAAAUAGUGAAAAUGUUGUUAGAAAUAGGAGCAAAUUAUAAUAAAUGUGACAUUUGGGAUCAGUCAUCUGUAAUGAAGGCUUCUGAACAUGGUCAUACAGAAAUAGUAAAGUUGUUGUUAGGCAGAGGAGCGGACUAUAAUAAAUGUGACUGGAGUGGUCAGUCAUCUAUAAUGAAGGCUUCUGAACAUGGUCAUACAGAAAUAGUAAAGAUGUUGUUAGACAGAGGUGCAGACUAUAAUAAAUGUGAUAAAUAUGGUUGUUCACCUGUAAUUAAGGCAUGUGAACAUUGUCAUAUUGAAAUAUUGAAGAUGUUGAUUGACAGAGGAGCAGACUAUAAUAAACGUGACUCAAGUGGUCAGUCACCUGUAAUGAAGGCAUGUGAACAUGGUCAUACAGAAAUAGUAAAGAUGUUGUUAGACAAAAGAGUAAACUAUAAUAAAUGUGAUAAACAUGGUUGUUCACCUGUAAUGAAGGCUUGUGAACGUGGUCAUAUAGAUAUAGUUAAGAUGUUGGUAGACAGAGGGGCAUACUUUAAUAAAUGUGAUGAUAGGGGUCAGUCAUCUGUAAUGAAGGCUUCUGAGCAUGGUCAUACAGAAAUAGUAGAGUUUUUGAUAGACAGAGGGGCAGACUGCCUUAAAUGUAGUAAUGAUGGUUCUUCACCAGUAAUGAAGGCAUGUGAACAUGGUCAUACAAAAACAGUGACAAUGUUGUUAGACAGAGGAGCAAACUAUAUUGAAUGUGAUAAAUAUGGUUGUUCACCUAUAAUUAAGGCGUUUGAACAUGGUCAUACAGAAACCGUGAAAAUGUUGUUAGACAGAGGAGCAAACUAUAAUGAAUGUGAGGAAUUCGGUUAUUCACUUGUAAUGAAGGCUUGUAAACUUGGUCAUACAGAAAUAGUAAAGUUGUUGUUAGACAGAGGAGCAGACUCUAAUAAAUGUGAAUAUUUGGAUCAGUCAGCUUUAAUGAUGGCUUGUGAAUAUGGUCAUACAGAAAUAGUUAAGUUGUUGGUAGACAGAGGAGUAUACUAUGAUGGACCUGCUAUAGAUGGGUUUUCACCUGUAAUGAAGGCUUGUGAACUAGAUAGAAAUACUGGUUCAUGUGAUGAAAGGAGUCAGUCACCUGUAAUGAAGGGGUGCGAACAUGGUCAUACAAAAAUAGUAAAGGUGCUGGUAGACAGAGGCGGUUACUGGAAUGAAUGUGAUGGUGAUGGCAAGACACCUCUAAUGAAGGCAUAUGCACAUGGUCAUACAGAAAUAGUAAAUACUGUUAUGCCUAAGUGUAGGAGUUGA